AUGGAUUCCCGGGCAGCUGGUAUUGCAGCUUUCAGUUUUAUUGCGUUCUUUUUAUUAAUCCCGCCAUUUUCAUGGCAUGUCAAGUCAAGAAACGUCCCAGCAAUUCUUUUAAUAACAUGGUUAAUGUUGGUAAGCUUGAUUGGAUUUAUCAAUUCCAUGAUAUGGAGUGGUGAGAAUUUUGAUAGUGUUUAUGAUGGUCAAGGGUGGUGUGAUAUCACCACAAAGGUUGAAGCAGCUUCGUCGCUUGGAAAAUUGUGUGCUAUUGCAUGUCUUUCAAUGAACUUGUAUUUUAUCUUAUGUGCAAAGAACCCACUCUUUAUGGACAACAAAAAUUGGAGAAAGAUCUGCAUUGAUUUAUCAGUUUGCUUGAUUACACCUCUUUUGAUUAUGGUUUUCAUUUACAUUACCCAAUCGAGAAGAUACGCAAUUGUUAGAUACCAAGGAUGUAUCACUGUUUUUUCGCCUACAAAUGCAACGAUUGGUUUGUACCUUAUUUGGCCAUUGAUUUGGAGUUUUGUUGCUUUAUUUUUUGCGGUAUUGACAUUGUACAAGUACUUUCAAAAGAGAAAAGAUGUCAAGGAUAUUCUCAAAUGUACGAACUCGGGCUUGAAUUUAAAAAGGUUUGCCAGGCUUUUGAUAUUUAGUUUUCUGAUUGUGUUUGCAUUGACUCCACUUUCUAUCUACUACUUUGCCCAGAAGGUAUCAUACAUAGAGUACCCUUUCCACUGGGACGAGGUUCAUGGUCCAGAUUGGAGUGAUAUUUAUUACGCUGAUUUUGGCUUCUUUGCUAUUGUUGAUCGAUUGGUGAACUCUUCAUUAUCGAUUGUCGCAUUCCUUUUGUUUGGUUUAGGAACUGAUGCUUUGAAAAUGUACAAAUCAUUCCUCGGUACGGCACAUACUGAAACCGGAGAGCCAUUGUCAAAAGAAAUGACUUGUACACACAAUGCCACUCCAAUGAAACUUUUAUCCAACAAGUCUCAGUUUAGUGAACGUACCAACUAUAGUGAAAGAACAGUCUUGGACGAAUUCAGUCAAGUGAUGCAGGAGUUGGGUAUCGUCGAAGAGGGUGAACGUGACUUGGAAUCGGGUAGAGAAGCUGUGAAACUGAACUCACCCAAGCCAACUCCAAACAUUGGUAUCCUUGAACUCGAAGAUUCUAGUUUGAAUGGGGAUUUCCUAUAUAAGUAUGAAGUUAAACAGAAGAAAUAG